UUACUUGCAGUCAGUCAGACUGAAACUGCUUCACCCACUUUCGGCGACCGACUCCCUUAGCUUGUUCUUUUGAACAAAAUAAAGAAAUAACAGAAUGGACGGGUCCAUUUGCAACAUCCAGGUGCUUCUUCGCGCUGCCGAGUUCCUGGAGAGGAGAGAGCGAGAUUUUAAAGCAAUACGUGAGAGAUUUCCGAUGUUAGCCUUUGCAACAGUGGACAUUUUGAGGCGGGUGAUGGCGCCAAAAUCAAAUACAGCUGAUGCCGAUGACAGACUCGACGGAAGCGGAACAUGGCUACGCUUCACUUCUGCCUCCCAGUCCGACUCUGCCUGAUAAGAGAGGCAAACAAAAGAGCAAGAAGAUGUCUGCUGGUGGCAAUAGGUCUGUGCACAACGAGCUGGAGAAAAUCAGACGAGCACAGCUAAGGCAGUGCCUGGAGCAGCUCAAGAAGCAAGUUCCUCUAUCGUCGGAUUCAAUGAGGAACACCACACUAAACCUGCUCAGGCGGGCCCAACUGCACAUCAAGAAGCUGCAGGAGCAGGAUGAGCGCGCCGUGCAGCUGAAGGGCCGUUUGCGCUGGGAGCAGAGGGAACUGCAGGUGCGUCUGGAGCAGCUGCAGCGAGGGGCCGAACGGAUGAGGAAUGACAGCCAAGGCUCCACCAUGUCGUCAGAGAGGUCGGACUCGGACAGAGAGGACGUCGAGGUGGACGUGGAAAGCAUCGUUUUUGACUGCAUGGACUCUGAAGAGCCGCACAUUGGAUGCAGCACCGCUGAUCACUGUUACUCCACUAUGGACAAAGCCUGGCUAUGACAGCAGCUAUUAUCAUUCUCAUCAUCAUCAUCAUGGCGGAGGGGAGGAAGAAAGAACAUUCCAAAUAUGAGCAGGGUGCGGACAACGAUACUGCACAAAUGAACAACCCCCUUUUUUUUUCCCAAAGGCAGUUUUACAACAUUGUUUGAAUGUUACACCACAAGCAUAAUCAUGAUUUUGGUUAUGACUGAGCUGUGUCUAUUUGCACUGAAGAGCAGUUCACAUCACUGGGCUCGGAUGGCUGUACCAAGCAAAUUCAAAGCCAUGAAGACACAAUUCUUUAAGGGAUUUGUAAGAAGAAGAAAAAAAAUCCCCCCAAAAGUAAGACUUUUCUUGACUUCAAUAUGCCUACACUGACUUCAACGUUAAACUAAAUUUACUCUAGUUAUUUGUUAAGUUUCUCUUAAGCAUUACAGUAAGGCCACAUGUGGCCUGCACUUAAACAUUAACCUCUGCUAUGGUUUAAUAUACACGGUGUCAUUUCUUGUUUUCUUUUAUUGCACAUGAACAACCUUGCAUUGCACUUGUUUCGUCUCCUUUUGAGUUGUGAGUAUAUCAGAAGUGAAAACACAGGUAACAGGACUAAUUUGGUGGCCAUUAUUGCACAAUUAUGUGACUGUGCCUGAGAUUCAUUUGGUGUAUUUGCACAAUCUAGUCUGUUAUGAAGUGUGAGAGUUUUGAUACCUGGUGGAUGGAAAGCAUCAAUUCUUGCACAGCCAUGGUUCUUGAUCACGAUUAACAAAUUCUAUAGGUAAUAAUUUUUGCUGUACGAGUAUAUUGCUCUAUAUUUAAUAACCGAAGGCACAUUUUGCCCUCACCUUUACGAAUAUGCAAAAUGCCUUAUUACCUUUUUAAUGCUGUUUUAUGUAUUCAGACUCUCUCCGCCCAGUAAUAUUAUGUAGCAAUUUUUGUAAGCUUUUUAUGAAUAAAUAUUUUCUAUAUUUAAAGA